AUGAAGUCCCUCUUUACGCAAGCCGCCAUCGCGGCUUACCUUCCUCUUCUGGCGGCUACCGCUUACAAGGAUGCGUUCGUGGUUGAAUUUGACGGAUCAGCUCAGUUGACCGCCGACAACUUGAACAACCAAGUCCAGACUUCACUCGCUAGUUCUGGCAUAGAUUGCACCGCAUCAAAGCGAUACUACUUCACUCACGCCGUGUUUCAGGGGGCCUCCUUCAACCUAGAAUGCAAUAACGACAAAGUCGCCCAAAAGUCUGUUCUUGCGACUGUUCAGGGUAUCGACGGAGUUAAGAAGGCUUGGCCGGUUAUCAACAUUCAGCCAACUCUCUACAACGACAGACGCAUUGGCCGUGAUUUUGGAACAUACGUCAAGCGUGACCUGCCACAGCUCCAUGCCAGGGAUGAAGCAGUCGACACUCUAUCCACACACGUUGACACUGGCGUCGCCAAGCUUCACGCAGCCAACUUUACCGGCAAAGGCGUGCGCAUCGCUGUUAUUGACAGUGGCUUCGACGUAGACGUCCCGGGCCUCAGCAAGGUUGACAUUGGUUACGCGCAUGACCUGACGGACAACGAUAAUGAUGUCCGUGACAACUGCUCUUCUCACGGCACUCACGUUCUGGGUGUCAUUGCUGCCAAGGGGGACGAAGCUCGCUACGGUGUUCUCGGCGUGGCACCUGAUGCAACCUACGAGCUUUAUCGCAUUCAGCCUUGCAUCGGAGGCAGCACUAACGAUAUGUUGAUCAACUCUUUUCUGGAGGCUGCUGAUCGAGGUGUUGACGCUAUCUCUUGCUCUUUUGGUGGUGGUCAAGCCUUUCCUGAAGAUCCCUGGUCUGCUGUAGCCACGCGACUCUUUAAGAAUGGCACAUAUGUCUCUCUUCCAAGCGGCAACGGAGGCCCUGGAGUCUUUUCAGGCGUCAGUCCCGGCAUGGCCGAUGCUAUCACAUCCGUCGGCUCCACGGACAACACCGUCACCCCAUAUCUCACCUGGCAAGGAAACUGGACCUCUGGUACCGAUGGUGGAGAGAUCCGAUUCGUUCCUGGUCUGCCAUAUGAUCUUCCUGCAAACAACCAGUUAACCAUCUGGUCCCCGAACAAGGAAGUUGAUGCCCCUACUGACUGUCAGCCACUUCCGAGUCCGACAGACCUGCCAACUGAUCUUUCAAAUACUGUCAUUCUCGCCUCGCUCUCGCAAUGCUGGACAGAUGCCAGUGGUGCGGACGCUUCCAUUACGAAGGCCUUGGGAAUUCCCUACAUCAUCUACUACGCCACGAAAAACUGGACCGUUGCAGACGGUCCCGGAUUCUACGAAGACAGCUCGGAUCCCAAUCUCAAGGGCAUCGCCACAGUAGAGUACGACGUUGGUGUUAAGCUACUGAACGCGUUCCAUAAAGACCCUGCCUCGAAGGUUUAUCUCGCCAACGAGGCCUCAAUUGCCAACAUUAAACUUGAGAACAAAGUCAACAACCUCACGGGUGACUUUGCGUCGAGUUUCUCCAGCUGGGGCCCGACCCUUACUGGAGGCGCUAUGCCCCUCGUCCUUGCCCCUGGCGGCAACCUCAUCAGUACAUUUCCUAGCAAGUACGGAGGCUACGGCGUCGUGAGUGGAACCAGUCAGUCAGUUCCAUUCGAGGCCGGCGUUGCCGGACUCGUGAGGCAGAACCACCCCGAUUACACUCCCGAAGAGAUCCAGGCUGUGAUUGCCACCACCGCUCGCCCGGUCAAGUGGAACGACGGCAAGGGUGCGGUCUCAGACUUCCUGGCUCCCGUGUUCCAACAAGGAGGUGGUUUUUUGGACGCAUGGAACGCAGUACAUUCCACAACAGUGCUCAGCACCGGUGCGCUCUCCUUUAACGACACGGCCAACCGCCCCAAAGAACUCAGCUUCAGCAUUAAGAACACGGGAACCAAGGCCAUUACGUACCACUUGAGCCAUGUCGGUGCAGCAUCCGGCUACAUUCUCAAGCAAGCCAAUGGCUACAACUUCACUAAGGGCGAAGCCACUGCAGUUUACGCCGACGUCAGCGUCACCCCAGCGACCAUCAAGGUUGAGCCUGGUAAAUCAUCGACUGUCUCCGUUGCACUCACCAAGGAGCCGAAUCUUCCUGAAGCUGCGACACGUGUGUCCUUCUUUGGCGGCUAUGUGGCCAUCGAGGCAGAGGGCUCAGCCGACGUGAACAACCUGACCCUCCCCUACACUGGCUUCGGCGCUCCGCUUGCAACACUCCCCAUUAUCAAGCGGGAUACAUCAUACCUCAUGAUGUGGAACAUGACAUCUUCAUCGCCGGUGCGCAUGGAAGAGGGCCGCGUCUUCACUUGCACCCUGGACACCAGCAAAGAUGUCCCCGCAUCUUUUGCCGACAACAUGUUUCCCGGAGUCUGGAUCGCGCUCUUCGUUCAAACACGGAACUUGAGCAUCUACAUCGUGGAUGCCGACUCCGGAAAGGAAGUCGCCAAGUCAUGGCAGACGACAUCGGAUGCUAUUUGGGGUCGUGCGAGCAACUGGUACUGGGACGGUUCUGAUGCGAAUAAGACUUUUAUCCCGGCUGGAAGCUACAUCUGGCGGGUGAAGGCGCAGAAGAUGAACGCAGACCCGUCUAAGGAGGAAAGCUUUGACGUGUAUGAAACGGGGAAGUGGGUGUUGCAGUAUUCUAACACCACUAUGGGGUCCAAUGCGACUUUGCAGUCAUGA